UGCAGAGGGGGAAAGGUCCCUCGAAUGGCGGCUAUAUAGACACGAGAGGAGACUCAGGCAGGGCCGCAACUUCCUUCUUCGAUGCCCAACGAUUUCUUGGGUCUCUUCAUCUCUGUUUCCUCCAAGAACCCAGCACGCGCCUCGAACUCCGUCUUCUAUUUCUUAUAUUCAAUAACAAUUUAGGGCGAAGUCGACUUUAGAAAAUCCCGCUCCAUUAUCUUUUGUUGAUUCUUCUAUGUCGAUAUAUUCCAUUCAGGGUCAAGCUCUUGAAGUCAUCGUUAUUGGAUGCACAAAGUUGAAAGAUACGGAAUGGAUUUCAAGGCAGGAUUCGUAUGUGUGCCUUGAAUAUGGUAGCACCAAUUUCCGCACGACCACUUGUACAGAUGGUGGCAGAAAUCCUAUAUUCCAAGAGAAAUUUGUGUUCUCUCUAAUUGAAGGGAUUAGAGAGAUUAAUGUUACUGUUUGGAAUAGCAAUACAGUUACUUAUGAUGACUUCAUUGGCAAUGGAAAAAUUCAACUGGCUAAGGUUCUAGCAGAAGGUUAUGAUGAUAGCACAUGGUCACUUCAAACAAAAACUGGCAGACAUGCUGGGGAAGUACGAUUGAUUCUUCAUUUUGCAACUGCCGAUACUACCAGCAAAUUUUGCACCGUCGGCACCGCCCUUUCACGCGCCUCCGCCAUCCCAACUUGCCAUGUACGCCACAAUGCCAUCGGCACACCCUACAGCCUACCCUCAUCCUCCUACACCCUAUGCAUUUUCAUCUCCCUUUCCUUCUUACCCACCCAACAAUGGAGCAUAUCAAACAUCCAUGUAUUCCUCCCCGUUUCCAUCGGGGUAUCCUCCGUCGUCAUACCCGCCGCCUUCCUCGGCUUAUCCUCCCGCUCCAUACCCACUGCAUCCACAAGCCUCACCCUUCUAUCCUCCAGGCCCUUAUCCUGGAGUUUAUCCCCCACCACAGUAUUGAAAUCUCAAGAUUUUUUGACCCGUGGUUUUGGUCGUGAAAUCGAAUAAUUUGGAUACCACUUUUUCUUAGGAGAUGAGAGUGUUAGAUGAACA